AUGCAAAAGGGAUCUUCAUCUCUUUUCAAAUCGAAAUCAUCUUCAAAGGAUACGGUGAAGAUUCAAUAUCAAAUAAAGGUUAAUCGUAUUGAAGGCUUACCAAAAUCAUCGAAUUCACCGUUGUUUGUAUCAUGGAAACGUGGAAAGAAGCCUGAGAAUCAAGGUGAAACUAAGCGAGUCACUCCAAAGGAUGGUUUGGCCAACAUCGAACAUCUCUUCAAUUUGGAUGCCUCUUUAGUAAAAGACAAGAAAGGUUAUCAACCAAAAAAGAUUAAAUUUACAAUUACUGAAGAAAAAGAAAAAGAUAAAGGUAAAAAGAGUCAAUCUACAGUUGGAACGAUCGAAGUUGAUCUAUCACAAUAUGCCGAGAGUAAAACAGAGAGAUCAAGAACAUUCCCAAUCAACGAUAAAUCUAAAGCUACUGCUAAUCUUGUUUUAUCAUUCCAAUCGACAUGGUUGAAAUUAAAUGGAAAAUCAAUAGUUAAAGCGGAUGAUCCUAUGCAAAAGGAGAUCUUGACAGGACUUGGUAAACAAUCGGUUCAAUUGGAUGGACAAGAGUAUUUCCUAAAGACAGAGACUGACAUGAGUGAACCAGAUGAAACCGAUUUAAAUCCAACUUCUGAACAUGAUUCUGAUGGAGAAGAAGAAGUUAGUUUUGAAGACGAUUCAACUUUAGUAUCAGCAGUAUCAACUGGAUCAUUGAAGAAUCAUAGCGAUACUCAUAGUAAUAGUAGUAGUUCACAAUUGAGUAGAAAGGAUAGUAAUCUGUCGUCGACCUCCGUCGAUAGUGGAAAGGAAUCGACGUCGUCGUCAAACAAAAGAGAUUCAACUACUGUUACUUCGACGGUUGCAACCACCGGUGUUGUUGCUGCCGCUUCAAAGGUAGACAAGGAUGGAUCGAAACCUGCAGAGUCUGCCGACUCCAAGUUGAAAAAGUACAAGAAGAAGGUAAAGACGUUGAAGGCCGACCUCGAGAAGUCGAAUGGAACGAUGACCCGUCUAACAAAGGAUCGUGACGAUCGUGUCCAGGAGAUAAAGCAGAUGCUCAGCGAGAUGGAGACAAUCAAGGAGCGUUCGAAAUCGAUCGGUAACAAUGUCAUCGGUGAAUACACAACGCAAAUCGAAGCACUAAAGAUCGAUCUUGAUAAAUCAAACAAGGAGAAGCGUGACGUCCUAGAGCAACUGCAAAUCGAGAGAAACAACAACGCAAAGAAUAUCGGCGAUAUCUCAACUCUACAGAAUCAAAUCAUUAGCGCGAAUUCAAGUUAUGAAAAGCUGCAGGCAGAGAGUAACCAGCUUGUUGAGAAGUUGAGAGUGGCUGAAACGCAGCUGGCAAGUGCCGCCGAUAACAAGGCUGCCUCCAGCGAGUUGAACCAAGCACUCCAGCAGGUCGAGAGAAUGAACGAAGAGGUCAGAGUUGCCAAGGAUGCACUGGCACAGGUGCAGGCAGAGAGUAGAAAUAACUUUUUGUUGUUGGAGGACGAGCGUUUGAAGACCACUUCAUUCGAGGGAACAACAAGCAGAUUGGAAGUGGAGAAGAAGAAUCUCGAGGAACAGUUGAAGCAUAUGCAAAGAGAGAUGGAGGCAAAUGCCGAAGCCGUUCACAAUGUAAAUCAACAAGAGGCAGAGUUGAACACUUUGCAAGAAAAGCUAAAGGCUCUCACCGAUGAAAAGACAAAGUUGGUCGAGGAAGUGGAAACUCAGAAGCUUAACAUCCAGUCUCUCAAUACUCAGGUCGCCGAUUUACAAUCAAAGUCAAACGACAACUCUGAAGCAGAGAACCUCCAGGAGAAAAUCAAAGAGUUGGAGGAGAAGCUCAAAGACGCAGAGCAGCAGUCGGCUUCACUUGGCGAACAGCUUGAAACUUCUAAGAGUGAAUCACAGCAGUUCAAGAGUGGCAUGGACAAAGCAUCGGAGGAUUUGGAGUCUAGUCGUAGUGAGUUCAAUUCAAUGGUUGAGGAAUUGAAGAGAACCAAGGAGGAGUUGGAGAAAUCACAGCAAGACUCUCACUCACAGGUGGAGAAGCUAGAAAAGUCAGUUCGUGACCUCAGUGGCGAGACUCUAGGAUUGAAGGAGCUCGAGGCCAAAUAUGAAUCAAAGAUUCAAGAUUUGGGUGAGAACUACACUAAACUCUACCAGGAGACCGAGGAGAAGAAGGAGCAUUUCCUUAAAACCAUUGAAGACUUGAAGCAACAGCUAGAGACAUCGCAAUCCACCAGCCAAGAUGCCGGUGCUCUACAAGUAUUGAUAACAGAGCUGCAAGCAGAGAUUCGUGGUAUGAAAGAAAAGAUCGAUAAGAGUAAGCUCAAGAAGGUUGCUGCUAUUGAGGAGAUCGAAUCACUCAAAGACAAGGUCAGCGAGUUGGAGAUCGACUUGGAGGCGCAGAUCGAGCGAAACAAACUUGCCGCCAAUUCACACAAGGAGGAAGAGAGUGACGGCGAGAAGGAAGAUCAACAGGCAUUGAUCGAUCAACUGGAGAAGAAGGUGGAGUUCCUUCAGAAGGAAGCAGAGAUCUACAAAUCAGAGGUUGAUGGUUACAAAGAGCAGCUGACAGACUACAAGAAUGAUGCUGCCAAUAAAACAACCACCCUCAACGACUAUCAGGUGAUGGUAGAGCAACUCCAGAAGGAAGUAGAGGAUUUGACAGCCGAGAAGCACUCCAUUAGCGACAAACUUCAGAAAGCCAACACUCAAAUCACCUCACUUGAGGAGCAGGUCGAAGAGAGCAACAACGCCAACAAAGGAAGACACGAUAGCAGCGACGAAGAGGAGGAUGUCGAUGAACUCAAGGCAAAGAUCGAUAAGUACAAAGAGAAGAUCAGAGAUUUGAAGGAAGAGCUCGAGCAAAAGGAAGAUGAGAUCGCCGAAUCCACUGUUAAGAUUGAGGAGUUGGAGACUGAAAACCAACAACUCAAAGACACCGCAACCACAGCCGUACCGGUACCAGUUCCAGUGGUUGCUGCUGCUGCUGCCAACGAUCACUCUGGUGAGAUUGACAAUCUCAAAGAGAAAGUCAGUGCACUCAAGCAAGAGAGAGAUUCAGAGAGAAAGAACAACAUUGAAUUGAAGGAGCAAAUCGAAUCACUCGGUAAGAAGUAUGCCGAGGUCGUUAAGGAGUCAGAGCAAGCCAAACAACAACUUUCAAAGUCACCACAGCCAACACACGUUGGAAACGGUGUGUCCGAGGAGACAAGAUUGGAGUUGGAAGAUCUAAAGAACAUUGAGAACUGUGUCUAUUGGCCAGAGCUCGAUUUCGAUAGAAACAACAUCCCCUAUUGUGGUUCGAGUAUUUGGCAGAUGAUCGAUUCCAUCGGUGGUGUUUCAAAGACACAGAAUCAAAAGAUGCUAUCAAAGAUUGUAUUUGCAUUAGAGAAAUCAUUCUUGAGAUCAGGAAGUGACUGUAAAGUUAUUUGUUAUUGGUUCUCAACUGUUGUUUAUUUACUUCAAAAACUACAUCAAAAUGCACUAAGUCCACAAUCAGCAGAUCCAACACUCUCGGGAAUCGAAAUUUAUGUUUCAUCAUUUGUUCCUCCAUCACCAGAGGCAGGUGGAUCGUUUAUUAGAGAUCUUCAAUCAUUGGUACUCAAUAUUUAUAGCAAGCUUAUUUCAAUCAUUGAAACUAAAUUAGAUAAGGUAUUGAUUGCCUCUAUAUUUAACCCAGAUAGUAUUAUUCUAGAUCAAAAGUCAAGCAUCAAACCACAUGCCACCGGUAAAGCCAAUACUAUUUCAAUCAAUAACUUACUAUUGAUUUUAGACUCUGUACUCUAUUUCCUUGACGAGGGUAAAGUUUGUCAUAAACUCUCGAAUCAACUUUUAACUCAAACAUUCUAUUUUAUCAAUGCACAAAUCACCAACUAUUUCCUUCAGAACGCAAGUGUAUGCAGAGCAACUCUUGGAUUCAAGGUAAAGAUGGGUGUGUCGAGAUUAAAGGAAUGGUGUUCUCAAACCAACUUCAAAUCGGUCAGUGAGCAGUUGGACUCAUCGUUGGAGGCAUCGAACUUGUUUGUCAUCGAUAAAUCUGUAUUUGUUGAUAUUGAGGCAAUCAAACCGAUCUUCCAAAAACUCAACCUCAUUCAAAUUAAGAAACUGCUAGAGUCUUUCGAACCCGACGAACUAUCGCCAGACCCUCUACCUUCACAGCUACAGAAAGCAAUGCAAAGUGGUUGGAGACAACCAAUAGAAUCAACAAACUAUCCAUUAUUAAUAGAUCCAUCUAAAAAAUUGAAAAUAUAA